AUGAACUACCCCGCUGAACCCGAAUUCCAACAGGCUUACGACGAGCUCUACAACUCCAUCCACGACUCGACUCUGUUCGACAAGCACCCCGAGUUCGAGAAGGUCAUCCCUGUGGUGUCUGUUCCUGAGCGAAUCAUCCAGUUCCGAGUUGUGUGGGAGGACGACCAGGGCAAGCUGCAGGUCAACCGUGGCUACCGAGUCCAGUUCAACUCCGCUCUGGGCCCUUACAAGGGAGGUCUCCGAUUCCACCCUUCCGUCAACCUGUCCAUUCUCAAGUUCCUCGGAUACGAGCAGAUCUUCAAGAACGCCCUGACCGGCCUCAACAUUGGAGGUGGUAAGGGAGGUGCUGACUUUGACCCCAAGGGCAAGUCCGACGCCGAGAUUCGACGAUUCUGCUACGCCUUCAUGGGCGAGCUCCACAGACACAUUGGUGCUGACACUGAUGUCCCUGCCGGUGAUAUCGGUGUUGGUGGUCGAGAGGUCGGUUUCCUCUUCGGCGCCUACAAGAAGUACAAGAACACCUGGGAGGGUGUUCUGACCGGUAAGGGUCUAACCUGGGGUGGAUCUCUGAUCCGACCUGAGGCUACCGGUUUCGGUCUCGUCUACUACGUUGAGAAGAUGAUUGAGUACGCCACCUCCGGCAAGGAGUCCUUCAAGGGCAAGCGAGUCGCCAUCUCUGGUUCCGGUAACGUUGCCCAGUACGCCGCUCUCAAGGUCAUUGAGCUCGGCGGAAACGUUGUCUCCAUGUCCGACUCUAAGGGCGCUCUGGUGCUGGUCUCCGACUUCACCGAGGGCUUCACCCCCGCCGAGAUUGAGCAGAUUGCCGACAUCAAGCUCCAGCACAAGGAGCUGGCCUCUCUCUACCCCUCCGCCACUCUUCCCGAGACCAAGUUCAAGUACAUUGAGGACGCUCGACCCUGGUGCCACGUUGGCAAGGUCGACGUUGCUCUUCCUUGUGCCACCCAGAACGAGGUUUCCGGUGAGGAGGCCAAGUCUCUGGUUGCUGCUGGCUGCAAGUUCAUCGCCGAGGGCUCCAACAUGGGCUGUGAGUCCGACGCCAUUGAGGUCUUCGAGGCCGAGCGAAUGGCCCGACCUAACGGUAUCUGGUACGGUCCCGGUAAGGCUGCCAACGCUGGUGGUGUUGCCGUUUCCGGUCUGGAGAUGGCCCAGAACUCUCAGCGAAUCUCCUGGACCAAGGAGGAGGUUGACCAGAAGCUCAAGGAUAUCAUGGUCGACUGCUUCAACACCUGCGUUGAGACUGCUUCUACUUACUCCUCCGAGAAGGUCGAUGGCCUCCCCUCUCUCGUCAAGGGUGCCAACAUUGCUGGUUUCCUCAAGGUCUCUGCUGCCAUGAAGGACCACGGUGAUUUCUGGUAA